AUGCAAAACAGCAAACAGACUCACUCUCUCAUUGGGAGCAAGAGUCCUCAUAGAUCAGGGUUCAGAGGGAUCAAUUCCGGACACACAAGAGGAUCAGUAUCAGUCACCCUUCAGGCAAUCGACGGGUCUCAGCAAGUGAACAUCAACGCCCCCAUUUUAAGGAAACUCACAGCAAUCCUCCCGUCUUUCUCCUGUGAGUCAGCGAACGUUGGCUCACUGGAAAAUUUACAGUUAGCAGACCAGCAGUAUCUCCAACCUGGCCCCAUAGAUAUUAUUAUUGGAUCUGACAACUAUGGGCGGAUCAUACUGAAUGAAGUUGUCAAAUCCAAGCAGUCAAGAGUCGUUGGCCAACGCACAGUCUUUGGUUGGAUCCUAUCUGGACCAAUCAAUUGCACCAGUCGCUCCGCGAGGAUUUCUCUAGCAGCUGUACGAGAAUCUUCAAAGGAACGAUUAUUAGAGCUCCUACAACAGUUCUGGGUCCAGGAAGAGCUACCAGUCCAACGUUCAGAAAAUUCAGAGCUAUCUCCAGACGAAAUGGAGUGUGAGAGACACUUCACUUCCACGCACAGCAGAGACUCAACAGGGCGCUAUAUAGUAAAGCUCCCCUUGAAAACAGCAGCAGCAGCGCUGGGAGAGUCGAGGUUUAAGGCCUCUCGCCAGCUCAGAUCAACGGUCAGCAAGCUCAACGGAAAUUCAGCAUAUGCCCAGCUCUACAAGGAGUUCAUCAAUGAGUACGAAGCAAUGGGGCAUAUGAGGCGUGCUCCAGACUCUCCAGAACCCUCUCCAGUCUAUUAUCUUCCGCACCAUGGGGUCUUGAGAGAGGAUGCCAUCACCACCAAGCUGAGAGUCGUCUUUAACGGCUCCAGCCCCAGCUCAGCAGGUAUGUCAUUAAACGAUAUUUUACAUCCUGGUGGAAAAUUACAGGUCAAUGCCAUGGAUGUGCUGACAUGGAUGAGGAAACACCGGCUCGUGUUUGGCACUGACAUAGUCAAGAUGUUCAGGCAGAUACGAGUUCACCAAGACGACUGGGAUCUUCAGAGGAUUCUGUGGUCUGAAUCUAACCAACAGAUAGCCUUCCAACUAACCACAGUCACCUACGGUCUCAACUGUUCACCGUGGCUGUCCCUUCGAGUUCUGCAACAGCUAGCGGAAGACGAAGGUCAUCGCUUCCCUAAGGCCGUCGAGACAAUCACCAGGGGUCGAUACGUCGACGACAUCUACGGCGGCGCAGAAUCAGCAGAAGAACUUAAAGAGAUAGUCUGGCAGUUACAGGGACUCUGUCACGCAGGAGGCUUCCCUCUCCAGAAAUGGAGCAGCAAUUGCCCACAGCUAUUGCAUGAGCUCGGACUAUCAACAGAGGAAGAAGUUAUCCAGUUUGAAGAAUCAGUCGCCAAGGUACUUGGGCUGUGUUGGCAUCAGUCGUCCGACACAUUCAAGUACAAAGCCAGGAAAUUCAAAGGCACGACGAUCACCAAGAGAAUCGUGUCCUCAGAGAUAGCCCAGAUAUUUGAUCCUCUGGGCUUCAUGGCACCCGUCGUCAUCCAGGGGAAAAUUCUCCUUCAAGAUUUGUGGAAACUCAAAUGCGGUUGGGAUGAUUCCCUUCCCUCAGAGUAUACUCAACGUUGGGAGUCAUUUCGCAGCCAGCUCAACGACUUAGAUAAAGUAGACGUACCCAGAUGGCUCAAGCUCUCCUCCCAGACAACCAACAUUCAGCUACAUGGCUUCGCAGACGCUUCAACCGUAGCCAUGAGUGCGGUAGUGUACAUCCGUACUGAGAAUCCCAACGAGCCAACUUCAACAGUCUUGGUCUGUGCGAAGACCAAGGUAGCACCGAUUAAGCGCAUGACUGUUCCUCGAUUGGAGCUUACAGCAGCGCUCCUGCUAAGUCAACUAGUCGCAUCAACUCAGCAGAUGCUGCAGCUAAACCAAGUAGAAACUCAUCUUUGGUCGGACUCUUCAGUGACACUAGCCUGGAUAAGAAGCUACGCCUUCAGGUGGAAGGAUUUCGUCCACAACAGAGUGGUAAAAAUUCAGGAAACUCUCCCAGAUGCUACUUGGAGACGCGUCAGUGGAAAGGAGAACCCUGCCGACUGUGCCUCCAGGGGCAUAUCUCCAAGCCAGUUGUCGCGUCAUCAACUCUGGUGGACAGGGCCUGAAUGGCUAAGCCAGGACCCUGAAGAAUGGCCACAAUCAACAAUUGAUGCACUACCAAUGGACAUCCCACAAGUGGCCAAGGAAGCGAAGCCAGUAACAGCUCACCCAGUUGCACCUAGGAUCAAUGAGAUCGCAGAAGUUCUCACCAGGUACAACACAAUGGCCAGACUACUCGCAGUAACAUCAACAAUAAACAGAGCAAUUAACCGGUUCAGGCGGCUACCCACGCCCCCGGGACCAGUCUUAUCACCUCAGGAACUCAAUGAAGCAAGAUUAUUUUGGGUAAAAAUAACUCAGAAUCAGUACUUCGGAUCAGCUCUUCGGGUCCUCGCAAGAAACGGGCAGCUACCCAGGAAUGAUCAACUAGCAAGCUUCACCCCAACUCUCGAUCAACUAGGCAUCAUGAGACUUGGAGGACGCCUUAAAAAUGCAGACUUGCACCCAGAAGAAAUUCACCCAAUAAUCUUGCCUCGCCAGUCCAGAUUCACCACACUGGUCAUACAAGAAGCUCACCACAGAACUCUCCACGGAGGGACACAACUCACCUUGGCAUCCACACGCCAAAGGUAUUGGAUAAUUGGCGGAAGAGGCACAGUCAGGGCUUACAUCCUGCGCUGCGCCAUUUGCGCCAGACACAGAGCCAGACAAGCUCAACAACAGAUGGGUCAACUGCCAGCAACAAGAGUCUCACCAGCAAGGACAUUUCUCCACACGGGGGUGGACUAUGCUGGUCCAUUCCCCAUCCUCAAGUGGAGACCAACAAAUGCUCCACCAGGAUCAGUGCACAUUGCAGUUUUCGUGUGCUUCACGACGUCAGCCGUUCACCUAGAAGUCGUAUCCAAACAAACCACCGAGGCGUUCAUCGGAGCCUACAAGAGAUUCACCGGCAGACGGGGUAUUCCAGCCAUGAUGUACAGUGACAAUGCCUCCACAUUCACCUGCGCAGCAGAUCACCUACAAAGGCUCUAUCACCAAGCUUCUAGAGAAAAUCUUCAAAUUCAAGCUGCUCUCGCCACAAAUGGGACUCAAUGGAGUUUCUCACCACCUAGAGCACCCCAUUUUGGUGGCAAGUGGGACGCAGCAGUGAAAUCACCAAAAUAUCAUCUCAAGAGAGUAUUGGGGAAGACGUUGGUAACGUUUGAGGAACUCAACACCACACUCAUUCAAAUCGAGGCCUGCCUCAACUCCAGGCCUAUCUCACCGAUGUCAGAUGAUCCAGAAGAUCUACAGGCCCUCACCCCAGGACAUUUCCUGAUCGGCGAACCUCUCCAGGUGAUACCAGAGUCAUCCUAUGUCGACAGGAAUCCGAUCAAAAUAGGAAGAUGGAAUCUGGUGACCCAGUUAAUUCAACAGUUUUGGACCAGGUGGUCCAAGGAGUGUCUCCAGCGAUACCAGUCGAUCUACAAGUGGAAGACACGUCACCAAAACAUAAAGGUUGGCGAUAUGGUGCUGAUGGUUGACCAGAAUUGUCCACCAGCUCAGUGGCCAAUCGCCAGAGUUAUUGCAACUAAACCAGGAGCAGAUGGGCUUACCAGAGUUGCUACAGUCAGAUUCAACAAGGUAGAGGUCGGUAGACAUCGAGAUGGGACACCGAACCAUGAGAAUAUCACAGCGAGCCCAUUGGAGCUUGACAGACCUAUCACCAAACUCUGUUUGCUCCCUACGGACCCACCAACACCAGAACCACUUCCAGAAGACGAUCAGCUAGAUGAAGACGAAGAAGAAGACCAGCAGAGCGAGCACCAGUAA